CAUCAUCAUACUUACCACUAUUUUCCCAGUAAAUAACAUCAAAUAUUUAUCAUCACGAUGGCCGCUUUCCAACAUUACGCUAAGGCCCAAUCAACCUUCCAAAUCCCCCUUCUCGCGGGUGACAACGCUUACCUCGGAGAUGUCUUCUCAAGCGACGAGUCGAACCCCGAGAAGCCCAUUUCAUCCGGCCUCUUCCGUUUGAAGAAGGGUGAACCGCUUACAUACACCUACAAGUACGAUGAGAUGAAGAUCAUCCUUGAGGGCGACUACACGAUAUCAGACGAGACGGGCCAGAAGGUCGAUGCAAAGCCCGGCGAUGUCUUCCACUUCCCCAAGGGCUCAACGAUUACAUUCACCACCAGCGACUACGGUCUGGCGUUCUACGUUGGCCAGCGCAAGAAGAGCGACUUCUGAGGGGAUGUUGGAUGUAUCAAUGAUGGGGUGUGGAUGAAGAAAAUGAGAACGAUGUCACAUGGACCCAGGACGACGAUAACAUGAGAUAGAAGAU